AUGCAUGGGGAAGCCAACAUUCCUGAUAGUGGCUAUACUCUAAUAGCAUUAGUAGGAAUCAAGGAUCCUGUACGCCCUGGAGUUAAGGAAGCUGUUCAAAUUUGUAAAGCUGCUGGAAUAACUAUCCGCAUGGUUACUGGUGAUAACAUACAUACAGCAGAAGCUAUAGCCAAAGAUUGCGGUAUACUUACUGAGGGUGGUGUUGCCAUAGAAGGUCCAACGUUUCGUGACCUUUCUUCCGAGGAAAUGAUGGAUACCAUACCUAGGAUCCAGGUGAUGGCACGAUCCUUACCGCUUGACAAGUAUAACUUGGUAAACAAUUUGAAGAGUAUGUUUGGUGAUGUUGUUGCUGUUACUGGUGAUGGAUCUAAUGAUGCUCCAGCACUUCGUGAGGCAGACAUUGGACUUGCAAUGGGCAUAGCAGGAACUGAGGUUGCAAAAGAAAAUGCUGAUGUCAUUAUCCUGGAUGAUAACUUCACGACUAUUCUGAAUGUUGUCAAAUGGGGACGUUCAGUAUACAUAAACAUCCAAAAAUUUGUGCAGUUUCAAUUGACAGUUAAUGUUGUUGCUCUGGUUAUCAAUUUCUUUUCUGCAUGUAUCACAGGAUCUGCUCCACUCACAGCUGUUCAGUUGCUUUGGGUGAACUUGAUCAUGGACACUCUUGGUGCAUUAGCCCUAGCUACUGAACCUCCUAACGAUGGUCUUUUGGAAAGACUUCCUGUUGCAAGGGGAGCAAACUUCAUCACCAAACCUAUGUGGAGGAAUAUCAUUGGACAAANGAAAAUGAACCACUCAGAUUUUGAUACGUGUGCGCAUGAAAAAAUUCGAAUUGCUCUCUAUGUCCAAAAGGCAGCUUUACAAUUUAUCGAUGCUGGUAAUCGAGUUGAAUACAAGCUACCGAGUGAAGUGAGAGAGGCUGGUUUUUGUAUUCAUCCGGAGGAGAUUGCUUCUAUUGUUCGUGGCCACGAUAACAAGAUCUUAAAUAAUAUUGGUGGAGUUGAAGCCAUCGCAAGGAAACUGUCAGUUUCAGUGGAUGGAGGUGUCAGCGAAGAGAGUAUAAAUAGCCGACAACAGAUUUAUGGAUUCAAUCGUUUUACAGAAAAACCUUCUAGAUCGUUCCUGAUGUUUGUGUGGGAUGCACUGCAGGACUUAACAUUGAUCAUUCUCAUUGUUUGUGCUGUAGUUUCUUUAGGUGUAGGGAUAGCCACUGAAGGGUGGCCAAGGGGAACGUAUGAUGGUGUGGGCAUCAUACUCAGUAUAUUCUUAGUAGUCACAGUUACAGCUGUCAGUGAUUACAAGCAAUACCUGCAGUUCAGGGAUUUGGACAAAGAGAAGAAAAAGAUAUUUGUUCAGGUCACUAGGGAUGGGAAAAGGCAGAAGAUCUCAAUUUAUGAUAUAGUAGUUGGUGAUGUUGUUCAUUUGUCAACUGGAGAUCAAGUUCCAGCAGAUGGACUUUUUAUAUCAGGAUACUUUUUGCUUAUUGAUGAAUCGAGUUUGUCAGGUGAGAGCGAACCAGUAAAUGUAAAUGAAGAAAAACCGUUUCUUCUUUCAGGAACCAAAGUGCAGGAUGGUCAGGGGAAGAUGUUAGUUACAACUGUUGGCAUGAGGACUGAAUGGGGAAAAUUGAUGGAAACUAUUAACGAGGGAGGAGAGGAUGAGACCCCGUUGCAGGUUAAGUUAAACGGAGUUGCUACUAUCAUUGGUAAAAUUGGUUUGACAUUUGCCAUUCUGACAUUUGUGGUAUUGAUCAUAAGGUUUCUGGUUGAAAAAGCACAAAAUGGUGAGUUUGCCAACUGGUCUACGGCUGAUGCACUGAAGUUACUAGACUUCUUUGCUAUUGCUGUAACCAUAAUAGUUGUUGCGGUUCCUGAAGGAUUGCCACUGGCUGUGACACUCAGUCUUGCUUUUGCAAUGAAAAAAUUAAUGAAUGACAAGGCACUUGUAAGACAUCUUUCUGCUUGUGAGACUAUGGGUUCAGCUAGUUGCAUUUGCACAGAUAAGACAGGGACACUGACCACUAACCGAAUGGUGGUUACUAAGACAUGGAUAUGUGCAAAAGCAAUGCAAAUAACCGGUAACGAGAGUGCAGACGAACUGAAAACAUCUACACCUGAAGGAGUUCAAAACAUCCUUUUACAGGCUAUAUUUCAAAAUACUUCUGCUGAAGUAGUUAAGGAUAAAGAUGGAAAGAACACAAUAUUGGGGACCCCAACAGAAUCGGCAUUAUUGGAAUUUGGCUGCCUUUUAGGUGCUGAUUUUGAUGCCUAUGCGCAGCGUAAAAUGUACAAGAUACUCAAAGUUGAGCCAUUCAAUUCAGUCCGAAAGAAAAUGUCUGUGCUUGUGGGUCUUCCUGAUGGAGGGGUCCGAGCAUUCUGCAAAGGUGCAUCAGAAAUAAUAUUAAAGAUGUGUAACAAAAUUAUUGAUUGCAAUGGGGAAGUAGUUGAUCUUCCCGAAGAGCAUGCAAAUAAUGUCUUUCGUAUUAUAAAUGAUUUUGCUUCUGAAGCUUUGAGAACUCUUUGUUUGGCCUUCAAAGAUAUAAACGAAAUGCAUGGGGAAGCCAACAUUCCUGAUAGUGGCUAUACUCUAAUAGCAUUAGUAGGAAUCAAGGAUCCUGUACGCCCUGGAGUUAAGGAAGCUGUUCAAAUUUGUAAAGCUGCUGGAAUAACUAUCCGCAUGGUUACUGGUGAUAACAUACAUACAGCAGAAGCUAUAGCCAAAGAGUGCGGUAUACUUACUGAGGGUGGUGUCGCCAUAGAAGGUCCAACGUUUCGUGACCUUUCUUCCGAGGAAAUGAUGGAUACCAUACCUAGGAUCCAGGUGAUGGCACGAUCCUUACCGCUAGACAAGUAUAACUUGGUAAACAAUUUGAAGAGUAUGUUUGGUGAUGUUGUUGCUGUUACUGGUGAUGGAACUAAUGAUGCUCCAGCACUUCGUGAGGCAGACAUUGGACUUGCAAUGGGCAUAGCAGGAACUGAGGUUGCAAAAGAAAAUGCUGAUGUCAUUAUCCUGGAUGAUAACUUCACGACUAUUCUGAAUGUUGUCAAAUGGGGACGUUCAGUAUACAUAAACAUCCAAAAAUUUGUGCAGUUUCAAUUGACAGUUAAUGUUGUUGCUCUGGUUAUCAAUUUCUUUUCUGCAUGUAUCACAGGAUCUGCUCCACUCACAGCUGUUCAGUUGCUUUGGGUGAACUUGAUCAUGGACACUCUUGGUGCAUUAGCCCUAGCUACUGAACCUCCUAACGAUGGUCUUUUGGAAAGACGUCCUGUUGCAAGGGGAGCAAACUUCAUCACCAAACCUAUGUGGAGGAAUAUCAUUGGACAAAGCAUAUACCAAUUAAUUAUCCUUGCGAUUCUAAAUUUUGACGGGGAGAGGCUCCUCGGAAUUAGUGGUUCGGAUGCAACAGAAGUUCUCAACACUCUGAUAUUCAACACCUUUGUAUUUUGCCAGGUGUUCAAUGAGAUAAACAGCAGAGAUAUUGAAAAGAUAAACGUAUUCAGAGGCAUGUUCGACAGCUGGAUAUUUUUGUCGAUAAUUUUGGCCACUGUGGCAUUUCAAGUGGUGAUAGUUGAAUUCCUUGGAACGUUUGCCAGCACCGUGCCUCUAAACUGGCAAUUCUGGGUACUGAGCGUGUUAAUCGGAGCAGUUAGCAUUCCUAUAGCUGCUAUCCUCAAGUGCAUCCCAGUUGAAAGAGAUAACAGUAAGCAGCACCAUGAUGGUUAUGAGGCAUUGCCAUCUGGUCCCCAGCAGGCAUAAAGUAUAGGAAAAGUAUGAGCAGAGUUUUGACCGUUUGGUUUGUGAUACAAAUAUAUUUGUUGAACUAUAGUGCUUACUGGUGCAUUUUUGUAGUGUAAAAUAUACUUUGUUAAAUGUUUACAAAAAGCGUGGGAUGGGAGGAUUUGAGUUUAACAAGGGUGCCCCACUUGAUGAUGAAGUUGAUGAUGAAGUUGAAGAGGUUAGAAGUGAGGAACUAUAAAUCUAUUAAUACGUGUUAUGAUAUCAGAAUUUGUAGAAUAUUCUAUAUUUUUGGAUAUUUAAAAACUUUUUGUUAUAUUGAUGUAAUUGUCUAAUAUACUUUUUGUAAUGAUAAACCCAUUAUUAAUGAAAAAAAUAUGUUGGUUA